AUGCGGACCAAUUGCGAGGCUAAGCUCUCCAUAUACUUUGACAAAACUGAGCGUUGUUGGAAGGUGUGGAAAGUUGUGACAGAACUUAAUCACGACUUAACGCCUGCAUCGAUGGUCCAUCUGAUUGCCAACCAUCGUGAAAUGACCGAUGCAACAAAGGCUCAGAUUGAUGGGUUGCAUGCAAGUGGCAUUGCCACAUCGAAGAUUGUGGGAUACAUGGCCGGAAUGGCUAGUAGGUACUCGUUGUUGGGUUUCUUGAAGAAGGAUGUGUACAACUACGCUGAUAGAAUCCGACGCGCUAACAUAUCGGAUGGCGAUGCGAAUGCGGCUAUUGUUUAUCUGGAGGGAAAGGCUGGUUCGGAUCCCAUGUCGGUUGCUAGAUAUAGUGUAACAAAAGAAGAAAGGCUGGCAAAUUUAAUUUGGGCCGAUGGAGCUAGCAGAGUUGAUUAUCAAUAUUUUGGAGAUGUGCUGGCCUUCGACUCGACCUAUAAGAAAAACAAGUACAAAAAACCUCUUGUGAUUUUUUCAGGGUCUAACAAUCACAAGCAAACCACGAUUUUUGGGUUUCGGCUAUUAUUUGAUGAGAGUGUCACUUCUUACAAGUCGAUGUUAGAAAAUCUGUUUGAGGUGAUGUGCAAGAAGAAACCCUCUGUGGUUGUGACUAACGGGGAUAAGAAUGUUACCUCGAAUGUGAAAGAUGCAGUUUUACGUAGCUCUUUUAGAAGGUGGUUAUAUGUUGACAUAGAAAUAGAGGAGUUUGAGAUGAAGUGGGAGCAUGCGGUUGCUGAUUAUGACCUACAUGGAAAGGAGUGGGCCACCCAAAUGUAUGAGAGGAGGAGGAUGUGGGCAAAUGCAUAUCUGCGAGAUAAGUUUUGCGCUGGUUUUCGGACAACGUCUCGAUGUGAAAGGAUUAAUGCCUUUGUAAAAAAGUUCUCGAAGACAACCCACACUAUAAUUGAGUUAGUUCAGAAUUUAGAGUUGGUGGUCCGGGAGUACCAAAAUAAGGAGUUACUACUCCACUUCAACUCCAUGAAUUCCAUUCCAGUCAUGACCACUGGUUUGACCUCGAUUGAGCAACAUGCCACCUCAGUGUAUACGAGAGAAGUUUUUACUGAUGUCAAAAAACAGAUAGUUCGAGCUGCAGCGUUGAUUCUUAUAUCCAAGAAAAGGUGCCUAAACACAAUGGUCUACACGGAUGAGGAGUACAAGCUUCCAGCUAUGAGAAUCAAGGUUGCAUUUGGCAGGUCCUUGGAAAAAAUUGACUGCCAAUGUAACUUUUGGAGGAAGAAUAGGUAUCCCUGUAAACAUAUGUUCUUCGUGAUGAAGUCUGAACAUGUGACAGCGAUCCCGGAUGCACUUGUGUUGUAG